UUUAGGCCACUUGUUUGUACGCGCGAUUUUUUACUUUAUUACAAAUAACUUGAAACAUCAGAUACUCGGUAGUAAUUCAGUGCUUAAGUAAAUCUAAUUUCACAAUAAUGUCAGCGGAAACACUAGUUAACAUUGUAAAUGAGCUUGCGGAAACGAAAACUGAAGAUUUGAGCAUUUCACGACUGCAAACCAUUCUUCUAUCACACAAAACUGAUUUUGCUAUCGACGUUGAAACAACGGAUCCGGUAUGGAAACUUUCGGUUCAGUAUUUGCACAUACAAAGAAAAUGUCAAACGACCUGUUUGAUUGGAACGAUCAAGGAAACUACCGGUGAACCCCUGAUCAACCUCCAGCAAUUGGUCAGUUAUGCAAAAGCGGUGGACAAAAUUCGUCAAUUUACGCUUAACCUUUAUCUGCCUAAGGAGUUGCGAGGACUAACGAGGUGUGAUUUGAAGCUAAUGAUUCAACUCGAAUCGAAAGAGGAGCGAUCACAACGGUUACGAUAUUGUUUAGAAGCGUUUGGCGAACUGUUUCGGUGUAACAUCGCAGGUUUGCAAGCAAAGUUAGACGAUAGUGUUCUAGAGUUCGUUGCCGGUGUGUUUGGUUAUCACUUUUUGAGAGAGGACUUUCAGAAUUUGUCAUCCGAUGAAUUGUUUAAAAGUUUUCACAUGUUUUCUCUGGAAAGUUUGUUUCGAUGUCUAUUGGUAAUUAAGGGAGUUCCCCAAUUGCCAGUAGAGAUUGCAAAGCCCAUUCACAUGGAGCUGUUACGGCUUACCGGACAAACUGGUGGGUUUCCAGUUCUAUGCAGGACGCUGUUGGUGAAUGUUCUCACGGACGAAACGCCGUCAUGGAAGAAGAGUGAAGUCAUCGCAAAAAUCGUCGGAAGUAAAGGUCACACGAAAAGUUUUUAUCGACAAGUGCUGCGCGAUUGUUUUAGUUUCUAUGAAAGUGCACUGCUCAGCGGGACGGAAGAGAAUCUGUUAUUUGCCGGUACUUGCAUUGAGUGUUUGAAGCAAAUCUACUCACUUCCUGCCGCCUACGAGGAACUUCGAAAGACCAUCAGAGAAUAUUUUGUCGGUAGGUUCAACCACCUCGCGGAACCCGAAGAAUUGCUCAGUGGGAUGAUACUGUUCGAACGGUCACAACUGAUCAUGGCACUGUACAUCAACUAUAUGGCUUUUAGUGGGUCGUCUCAAAGUUCGUUGGCUUCUUCCAUUUUGGUACCGUACAUGAAUGUGUUUCUUAAGUUGUAUUCCAUGCUGCCGAACGAUGUCGAAGAGAAACGGUAUCUGCAAUCACUUAUUGUUUUCUGCUUGUCAAAUCGAGAAAAAUCCGAGCUAGAGUCCGUCUUGACUCGGUUGCUUCUGGGAAUUGAAGACCAUGAGCACGUCAAACACGUGCACCAUCGAAUUUAUCUGAAAACAGCAGAAGUUGGAGGUGGUUCUUACUCACUGCAAAUUGGACCCGACAAAUCCGAGGUGGAAGAAGACAAUCCUCUUGGACCGGUGGUUGUGGAAAUUCUCAAGGAAACGAAUCGAAAUCUGCUUAUUUACGACGUUUUUGUCAUUCUGUUGAAACUUUUUGAACGCGUGAGUGAGGAUUCCACUCGAAACGUGAUCUUGAACGCAGAAGAGCAAGACGAGGUGAAGUGUAAACUGUUCCAUAGAAAAUACGUACUAAUUCAAGCCUUGAUGGAUCUGAUCAGUCACAAAAACUUUCACAGUCAGCUGUAUGAGAAUCCUUCCGAAGUUCUAUCGUUUGUCAAAUCACUUAUCACGAGAAAUCUUGAUGUGGCGGAACCGAAUGAUAGCUUGCUAGAGAUCGUAUUAUCCAUUUUUCAAGAAUAUCUACAGAGACUGCAAGCAAGGGACGAUGUUAGAGAAAUCUGCACUCUUUUGCGGCGUUUCAGAGUUUCGACUCGAUGCAGUGACUUCCUGAGGACUCAAAUAGAUCUCAUUUGUGAGGACAGUUCCACGAAGCAAAACGACAGUUCGCUAGCAACACCCUAUCAAACUGCUUUCAGUCUUUUAUCCGACCCAGAACCAUAUUGCAAAGUGUAUGGAACGACGUUGAUGCUGCGAUUGCUGAAAGAACGUGACAAAGAAACGCUUGCCAGUAAGCAUGCGAUUCUGAUUGUGGCCUUGAACAAUCUGCGUAGCGUAGAAAGUUACGCAUUCCUCAAUUCAGUCCGUCUAUUGGUCGGUCUUUGCGGCUGUCUAGAAUCGGAAACCAUCGAAGCACUCACCAAGGAGUAUCAGACGGAGGUCGACAGUGAUGUCGAUUACAGAUUGAAGGUCGGCGAAGCACUGAUCAAAACGGUCGAAAUGAUCGGUCCCAUUGCGUUCAAAUACCGUGAUCAGUUGAUCAAUUGUUUCCUGCACGAAAGCCAAAGUCCCAUCGAUGAAUUUCGAUCGUCCAGUCUUGCUAAUCUGGGAAACGUAUGCAGAAUCCUUUCCUAUCAGGUGCACAACUUUUUCUAUGAGAUAUUCAUCGUCAUCAAAUCUACCAUCGAAACUGACCGCUGCUUACCGGUGCGACGUGCAGCCAUUUUUGUUCUUUCACAGCUAAUAGAAGGAAUCGACAAUCUGCUGGCCUUUCAGGAUUACCUAUUGUUAGUGUACCGGUUUUUGAAGUUCGUCGUCACGACCGAGCAGGACGAUGUAACACGCGUGCAAGCUUGUGUUGCUUUGGAUCAUCUCAAGGCAAAAACGACGGAAUUUCUUAGUGCCGCAGCUAGCGACAGUAGCAGUUUGGAGAAGGAGAUUCGGAUAUUUGGCAUCAAAGAACAAGAAGCGGCGGAACAACGCCGUCAUGCGAGCCGACGGAGUAACAGCAGCGUUUUGACAAAGUUGUUAGAUUAAAAUGGUUUUAUUACAGUCACUGAA